AUGUUGACGUCAAUGGCUAGCCAAAUUGUGUAUGUGGCAAGCUCAUCCACAACUAGGAUAGAUAUAGGUUCUUGUGUGCCUUCGGCUCUUGGGCCACCAAUUUUCUGGGCAUAUUUUCAGCAGGUGAAGUUGGAUCAGAUUGUGAGGUCAGAAUCAUUUGUUGUCCAUGCAACCAUUGCACCCACAAAAGUUUACAAACAAACGUUAAAGUUGGUUGGGGUCAGGAAAGGCAUCCGUGAUGACAGUGAUGAGUUGAUUACGGUCCUUGAGCCUCUUCCUUGCAAGAUUUUGAACCGUGCGGUUUUCGAACUUCAAAGUUGGCGUCUGAUGCGAAAAACAUCCGUGACCAAUGCAAAUUCAAAGCAGGCUAUCGCCAUUAAUGGCCAAAGAAGGAUUCUUAUUUCUGGAUCCAUUCACUACCCAAGAAGUUCCCCUGAGAUGUGGCCAGAUCUUAUUCAGAAGGCAAAAGAAGGAGGACUGGAUGUUAUUCAGACAUAUGUUUUUUGGAAUGGACAUGAGCCUUCACCUGGAAAAUAUUAUUUUGAGGGGAACUAUGAUCUGGUGAAGUUUGUAAAGCUGGUGAAGGAAGCAGGCCUUUAUGUUCAUCUCAGGAUUGGACCUUAUGUCUGUGCUGAGUGGAACUUCGGGGGUUUCCCAGUUUGGCUCAAGUACAUUCCAGGCAUCAAUUUCAGAACAAACAAUGGCCCUUUCAAGGCUCAAAUGCAAAAAUUCACGACAAAGAUUGUUAACAUGAUGAAAGCAGAAAGGUUAUUCGAAACUCAAGGUGGCCCAAUAAUUUUAUCCCAGAUUGAGAAUGAAUAUGGACCCCUGGAGUAUGAAAUUGGUUCACCUGGUCGAGCUUACACCAAGUGGGCUGCACAAAUGGCUGUAGGUCUCCAAACUGGUGUCCCAUGGGUCAUGUGCAAGCAAGAUGAUGCCCCAGAUCCUAUCAUUAACACCUGCAAUGGUUUCUACUGUGACUACUUCUCUCCAAACAAAGCUUACAAACCAAAGAUGUGGACUGAAGCUUGGACUGGCUGGUUUACCCAAUUUGGUGGCCCAGUUCCUCAUCGACCAGCUGAAGAUAUUGCAUUUUCGUAUCAUGGUGGAACAAAUUUUGGCCGAACUGCUGGUGGUCCUUUCAUUGCAACAAGUUAUGAUUAUGAUGCUCCUCUUGACGAAUAUGGACUUUUGAGGCAGCCUAAAUGGGGCCAUUUGAAAGAUUUGCAUAGAGCAAUUAAGCUGUGUGAAGGUGCUUUAGUAUCUGGAGAUGCAACUGUGAUACCACUUGGAAAUUACCAAGAGGCUCAUGUAUUCAAUUAUAAAGCCGGAGGUUGUGCAGCAUUCCUUGCAAAUUACCAUCAAAGAUCAUUUGCAAAGGUGUCUUUUAGGAAUAUGCAUUAUAACCUGCCUCCAUGGUCCAUCAGCAUUCUUCCAGAUUGCAAGAACACCGUCUACAACACUGCAAGGGUUGGUGCUCAAAGUGCAAGGAUGAAGAUGACCCCUGUUCCUAUGCGUGGAGGGUUCUCUUGGCAAGCAUAUAAUGAAGAGCCAUCCCAAAGUGGUGAUAACACAUUCACUAUGGUUGGGUUGCUGGAGCAGAUAAAUACAACUCGAGAUGUUUCAGACUAUUUGUGGUACAUGACAGAUGUUCAUAUUGACCCCAGCGAAGGCUUUUUGAAGAGUGGAAAAUAUCCUGUUCUUACUGUUCUAUCGGCUGGGCAUGCUUUGCAUAUUUUCAUCAAUGGUCAACUAUCAGGGACUGCAUAUGGAAGUUUAGACUUCCCAAAGUUGACUUUCAGUCAAGGUGUAAAGUUGAGAGCUGGUGUCAACAAAAUUUCUCUUCUGAGCAUUGCUGUUGGUCUCCCGAAUGUUGGCCCACACUUCGAGACAUGGAAUGCUGGUGUUCUUGGACCUGUGACAUUGAAUGGUCUCAAUGAGGGCAGGAGGGACUUGUCUUGGCAGAAGUGGUCUUACAAGAUUGGUCUUCAUGGAGAAGCAUUGAAUCUUCAUUCAGUCAGUGGGAGUUCCUCGGUUGAGUGGGCAGAGGGGUCUUUGGUGGCCCGAAGACAGCCACUCUCAUGGUAUAAAACUACUUUCAAUGCUCCUGCUGGGAAUUCCCCUCUGGCUUUAGAUAUGGGCAGCAUGGGCAAAGGGCAAAUAUGGAUAAAUGGACAACAUGUUGGACGUCACUGGCCUGCAUAUAAAGCAUCUGGGACAUGUGGGGAAUGCAAUUACAUUGGAACUUAUAAUGAAAAGAAAUGCUCAACUAAUUGUGGCGAGGCUUCCCAGAGAUGGUAUCACGUCCCUCGUUCAUGGCUAAAUCCAACAGGGAACUUUUUGGUUGUGUUCGAAGAAUGGGGUGGAGAUCCGAAUGGGAUUUCUUUGGUUAGAAGAGAAGUAGACAGUGUAUGUGCUGAUAUUUAUGAGUGGCAGCCAACUUUGAUGAAUUAUCAGAUGCAAGCAUCUGGUAAAGUCAAUAAGCUGCUGAGGCCAAAAGCCCAUUUGUCAUGUGACCCUGGACAGAAAAUCAGAUCAAUCAAAUUUGCCAGCUUUGGGACACCAGAAGGUGUUUGUGGGAGCUAUCGCCAGGGAAGCUGUCAUGCCUUCCACUCUUACGAUGCUUUUAACAAUCUUUGCGUUGGGCAGAACUCAUGCUCUGUUACUGUAGCACCUGAAAUGUUUGGGGGUGAUCCUUGUCCGAAUGUCAUGAAGAAACUAGCAGUAGAGGCCGUUUGCAACUGA